CUACAUGGGCCAUCUGCCCAGGCUGCCCUAAAAUAGCCUAUGGGCUUGGCGACCAAGCCCAAUAGCUACCACGUGAAUCCUUUUUCUUUUUACUUUUUUGCCUUUGGGUCCAAGAAAGAACGCAUGCUCCCAUCGCGGACGCCAUCGACGCCGCCCUCCCCCAAAUUAUAGGAAGCGAGGAACACAUGAUGCUCCCUCCCCUCUUCUUGCCGAGUUGCUGUGGUUGACAAAAAGAUCACGAAAGCGGAAAGGGCAAAGCCAGAGCAGCCAGCCCGUUCCCGCCCGCCAUUCUUGCUGACUCCACGCCUCCGGCAGCCGCGGCGCCCCUUCGAUUCUUGCCUCGGGAGUCGCGGAUUGGAGGAGGGGGCGGUGGAGGAAGAAGAGGGGAAUCCAGAGGCCAUGGAUACUUCUACCAGGGCCGCCAAGAUCCCGUCGCUCCACCAGACGGAUAUUAACUGGGACAACCUUGACAAGACCAAGCUCUACGUGGUGGGUGCCGGCAUGUUCAGCGGCGUCACCGUGGCGCUGUACCCGGUCUCGGUGAUCAAGACCCGGAUGCAGGUCGCCUCCGGGGACGCCGUGAGGAGGAAUGCGCUGGCCACCUUCAGGAACAUCCUCAAGAUGGACGGUGUGCCGGGGCUCUACCGGGGGUUCGCGACCGUUAUCACCGGGGCUGUCCCAACUAGGAUUAUCUUCCUCACGGCGCUUGAGACGACCAAGGCUGCCUCGCUUAAGCUUGUGGAGCCAUUCAAGCUGUCGGAGCCAGUGCAGGCAGCCAUUGCCAAUGGCCUUGCCGGUCUGUCAGCGUCCACAUGCUCGCAGACUGCGUUUGUACCCAUUGAUGUGAUAAGCCAGAAACUGAUGGUUCAAGGAUAUUCUGGUCAUGCCAGAUAUAAAGGCGGAAUAGAUGUUGCUCGAAAGAUCAUAAAGGCUGAUGGGAUAAAAGGGCUAUACCGAGGAUUUGGACUCUCUGUUAUGACAUACGCACCAUCUAGCGCUGUGUGGUGGGCGAGUUAUGGAUCGAGCCAGCGCAUAAUCUGGAGAGCUCUUGGCCAUUUCCAUGAUAAAGAAGAUGCUCCUAGCCAGUUGAAAAUAGUUGGUGUUCAAGCGACAGGGGGAGUUAUUGCUGGUGCAGUGACCUCUUUUGUUACAACUCCCAUAGAUACAAUCAAGACCAGGCUGCAGGUUAUGGAUAAUCAAAAGCUAAAAGCUACGGAAGUAGUUAAAAGAUUGGUUGCUGAAGAUGGAUGGAAAGGUCUCUACAGAGGGUUAGGUCCAAGAUUCUUCAGCUCAUCAGCUUGGGGAACCUCGAUGAUAGUAUGCUACGAGUACCUAAAGCGCUUGUGUGCUAAAGUUGAAGAGGUCUGACUUCUGAGUCGGCUUAAACCAGAAUGCAAUUUCUAUAAUGCUGGAAGUUUGUAUUAGCAAAAGCGAAAUAAUGCUGUAUGCCGACAAAAGUGGGAAAAGUGACACCCACUUGAAGCUUCAGUUCUUGCUGACAUAGGUGAAGGCAUGGAUGUUUGAUGGUGUAAAAGACUUCAUUUGAUGCUAGACUUAUGUAAACAUCGAGGUCCUUACAAACUUUGGUGCUCUGGACAGUAUUUUCAAAAAUGCAGAGGUCGUUAUUAUUUGCCUCUUAUGUUGAAUAUGGAUUAGGAAGAUUAUUUUAGAUGGACAUAAAAAGGAGAAAUCAGAUGUACUCACUUCUCAUUCUUUUAAACUUCAAGGCUUGUUAUAGCAAGGCUGGAUGAUUGGGACCAGUUGUAAUGACAUGGAGCAAUGAUUACAACAAUGCUCGUUUUGAAUAUUGUCUUUCAAA